AAACAACUUUGUUUAACAUGUUUAAAGCGUCGCCGACGUGGUAUCAAAGGGCAAACUACUUUGAGUUUAAACCGAAAGUAAAAAAUGUACGCAUUAUUUUGGUUUGUCUUUUUCAGCAUGAAAGGAAUAUCGAAAACACAGCAAUUUAGAUGAAGUGAGAAAUUCUAAUUCAUAUUUUAUGUGAUUUUGGGAUAUAAGCAAAAUUUGUUUUCUUAUACUAAGGGAUAUUAACAUACAUUAAUAUGGCACAAAUUACUACCGAGGACAAUAACUACUUAAUUGUAGCUGCAAUUGACUUUGGAACUACUUAUUCUGGGUAUGCAUUUUCAACUCGAAGUGACUUCAAGAAAAAUCCUCUACAGAUACAAGCUAAUCAUGCGUGGAAUGCCGGAAGCAGACAACUAAUGUCACUAAAAGCACCAACCUGUCUUUUACUAGAUUCAGACAAGAAUAUUGUAGCUUUUGGAUAUGAAGCAGAAAACAAGUAUGCUGAGCUUGUCAUGGAUGAAGAACAUCAUGAUUAUUAUUAUUUCCACAGAUUUAAAAUGAGUCUCUACAAUGCAAAGAGUGUAAGCAAAGAACUGAUCAUAGAAGAUAUAACUGGGAAGAGUGCAUCGGCUUUAGACGUAUUUUCUUUGUCCAUCAAAGCCCUUAAAGAUCAUUUACUGAAUUCUAUUAGACAGCAGCUUGUUGAUAUACAAAUGGAUGAUAUCCGAUGGGUUCUUACUGUUCCUGCCAUAUGGUCUGACGGUGCCAAGCAGUUUAUGAGAAGGAGCGCUGAAAUGGCGGGGAUAUCAUCGAAUAAACUUAGAAUAGCCCUGGAACCUGAAGCUGCAUCGAUAUACUGUCAACAUUUGCCUACAGAAAAAUUGGAAGGAGCAAAAGGAUUUGCAGUCGCUACCGUUGGGACAAAAUAUAUGGUUGUUGAUUUAGGAGGAGGGACGGUUGAUAUAACAGUUCACGAAAAAAGAAACGACGAAAGCCUAAAAGAAAUUUGUCGUGCCUCGGGUGGCGAUUAUGGCGGAACAAGUGUUGACCGAGAAUUCAUGAAAAUGAUAGAGAAUAUCACUGGUACUGAAGCAAUGGAAGCUUUCAAAAGAGAAAGUCUUGACUCCUAUAUCGAUUUAUCCAGAGAGUUUGAAAGCAGGAAAAGAAGUCUUCGUGUUGGAAAAUCGGGGACAAUUAACAUGACGAUCCCGUUUACGGUUUUGGAUGAUCUUUGUGAAGAACACUUGCAUAAGAAUUUAAAAUCUGCUAUUGAGUCGUCCAAGUUUCAUUCAGAUAUUUCAAUUAUUUCUGAUAAGAUACGUAUAAAGGAAGAUACCUUUCUUUCCUCAUUUCAGCCAACAAUUGCUAGCGUACUCAAAAUAAUUGAUGAAAUCUUAAAGAGAGAAGGUGUUGAUGGACUUUCACAAAUUAUCCUUGUCGGAGGUUUUGCAGAAUGUGUCUUUCUUCAAAAAGCAGUACAAUCUACUUUUCUAGAUCAAGAUGUUAUUGUUCCAACAGAUAGUGAGAUGGCUGUUCUAAAAGGAGCCGUAAUAUUUGGUCAUCAGCCAAACGCAAUUUCUGAAAGAAUUUCUAAGUAUACCUAUGGAUUCAGUAAACGCAAAAAAUUUGAUCCACUGAAGCAUGACAGUAGCCAUUUAGAAGUAGUAAACGGAGAAAAGAAAUGCUGUCGUGUAUUCGAAACAAUUGUAAAACGCAACGAAAUACUACCUCUAGGUAAAAAGGUUACGUCGGUAGCAAAAUGUAAACAAGAAGAUAACGGAUUGUUUACACUUCGUAUAUAUCAAACAGAAAAAGAUAACCCAAAGUAUACCGACGAAGACGGUUGUUCGGUAUUAGGAACAAUAACAGUGCAGCUAACAGGCACAGGUACAGGUGACAAAAUCAAAGUCGAGUUGAUUUUCGGAGAAACUGAGAUUAGAGUUAAAAUCAAGGAAACAACCACUCAUAAAAAGUGCGAGGAGACCAUUGAAAUGAUAUAACAACUAUCUUGAAUAAAAAAUUUGCAAAAAAGACAAAAAUGGUAUUAUUCAAUGCAAUCAUUUUUAAUUUAAUUUUUUCUUAUACUGAAACAAAUAUUACAGUCAUUCUCUUCAACGGGUUCGGGACUUAUCUUAUAUAUCUUCGGAUUGCAAAUGUUUGGCUUUGAGCGUUCCUGAUGAAGGUAAAUCUAGAAAAGCACUUCGGACGCAUGAAAUUAUUCAACGUGUUGUUUUCAAUUUUUUAAAUCAAUUGUUGAAAAAUUGUUUGGAAC